AUGUCUACUACUACCAACGAAACUGCCCUACCUCAAGAGAAGAAGACCCCGGAACACAAGAAGUGUGGUUGUGCCGGAGUGAAAGCCAAACUAUCCCAAUUCUCUAACUGUGUUUACUCCAGUUUGCUAUCUACCAAGGACCACAUUGUUAAGGGUGCUCACGUUUGCUUAGUGGGACACUGGAACUUCAUCAAGUGUCUAGCCACCGAACUACAAAACCCUGUCGUCUUGUUGAACGUCAUCUUGGGUUCAGGUGUCAUUACCGGUUUAUUGAAUGGCUAUAUCAAGUACGAAAAAAGAUUUUUGAAGGGGAAGACAAAUAAUGAAAUCCUAGGUUGUGCUGGUGCAGCAGUCGCUCUAUUGACCCUUGAUGGGUUCGUCUCCAAGAGAUACUACUCCAAGUUUGAUCAAAAGAAGAACUUAUGA